AUGGACUCUCCGAUGAAAGCAAUGGAUCUGGAUGACAGCACUCACACGUACAUCGAAACGGCCGGGCUCUUGCUCCGACAAUACUGGCCGAUUCUACUCCCUCUCGCCGUGUUAGCAAAUGUCCUCCGCACCCGUUACCUAUCCCCGCUCCGUCCAUACCCCGGGCCGUUCAUUGCCUCAUUUACCCGUUUCUGGACGGUUUUUUCCACCGCAUCCGGUCAUACACACCUGGAUCACAUUGCGCUUCACCAAAAAUAUGGCCCGGUCGUUCGCAUCGCGCCGAAUGAGGUAUCCAUGGCAUCGCCCGAAGCCGCACGGCACCUCCUGAGCGCCGGCAAACGAUUCUACAAGACGGCGUUUUAUGGCGUGUUUCCGCCACCGGAGAACCCAGACAUCUUCACGGAAGUCGACGAGGAAGCUCAUGCAAGAAAGAAGAAGGUUGCCAAUGUUCCGUAUAGCAUGGCGGCGAUGCAGCAGCUCAGUCCCUUCCUUGACGAUACCAUUGACCUACUGGUGACCAAACUUGACGGCUUCGCGUCGCAACCCAUGGAGUAUAAGGCUGACAAGUCGGUUGACCUUGGGGCAUGGCUGCACUACUUUGCCUUUGACGUGCUUGGCGAGGUGGCUUUCUCGCGAAGCUUCGGGUUUCUAGCUGAAGGUAGAGACGUGGAGGACGCCAUUGUCACCAUUGACCGCUCACAGGCUUACAACGGGAUCGUCGGUCAGGUCCCGUGGGUUGAUAAGCUACUGCGACGGAACCCCUUGUGGAAGUUUAUCCCAACGCUCAACACCAAGAAUGCGCCAAUUACUCGGAUUGCGUUGAGUGAGCUGGAAAGAAGGCGACCCUUUGAUAAGGAGAGUGAGGGCAAGUUACGGAAUGACGACGGGAGGAAAGACCUGCUAUCGAGUCUGAUCAAGGGUCAUUUGAAGGAUACCGAACAGUUUACCGAAGGGGACAUUUUUGCCGUUGCUCAUGGCGCCAUCUUUGCCGGAUCCGACUCUACUGCUUCAACCAUGCAAUCACUCUUCUGGCACGUCCUGUCCGCACCGCACGUACACUCUAGGCUGGUUGCUGAAAUCGAGGAUGCCGUCAAAUCCGGGGCGAUGUCCUCCACCGGCAACGUAUCCUGGAAAGAAGCCCAACAGUUGCCAUAUUUCCAGGCCUGCCUGAAGGAGGCCAUGCGCGUGCGACCUGCAGUAGGACUCAACAUCAGCCGCUUGGUUCCACCGGAGGGAGCCGAACUAGAUGGCCACUUCUUCCCUGGAGGGACGAAGGUGGCCGUCAACGGCUGGGUCCUGCACCGCGACAAGCGCACGUUUGGCGAAGACGCUGAUGACUAUCGCCCGGAGAGAUGGCUGGUGGAUGAUGAUGAAGCCAAGAGGAUGGAGCGGUACAUGUUCCAGUUUGGCGGAGGAAGCCAUGUCUGCAUUGGGCGGAACCUGGCUCUAUUGGAAAUCAACAAGGUUGUGCCGCGUCUACUUAGAGAUUUCAAGUUCAAGCUUGCACAUCCUGGGCGACCACUACGAGCUAGCGCUACUUUUUUCGUAGUCCAAAGUGGGCUGGAGGUAUCGAUUGAGCGACGAGGAUUUGCCUAA